AUGAAAAAACAAGCCUCAUCAUCAUCAACGCAAGAAGACAACACCUAUCAAGUCACAUGGGAGGAUCAAAAGAAAAUUAAUACAUUCAGUAGAAUCAUCCUACGAUUCAAUGAAUUGGAAAAGGAGAUUUCCGAUUUAAAAGAAGAAACAGCCAAAUUGAAUGAUGCCUCUGAUGAAAUUUUUAUUUCUGAUAAUAUUAGUUAUGUAGUUGGAGAAUUGUUUGUAGAAGUGAAUAGUGAUCAGGCUGAAAAACUGUUGGAGGCUCGGAAAGAACAAGUAAAAAGAGAAUUGAAGGAGAAACAACGAGAAUUUAAAGAAAUUGAAACCAAGAUGAAGGAAUUGAAAGCUAAUCUUUAUGCAAAGUUUGGUUCAAACAUUAAUUUAGAGGAAAGAGACAAACGGCAACGCAAGAACAAAGUUUCUUCUAUUCAAAGUGGUGAACAAGUACCAGGUUCAAUAAGCUACGGUACAAACGAUGAUCAAACCAACAAGAAUUCGUUGCAUAAUUCCAAUUCUAAAAAUGUGAACGCAUCACCACAUGACCGAUCCAAAAAGAAACGUGCUGGUGCUGGUAAUAGCUCGACCCGUAACCAAAGUCCUCAUCCAGGAUUGGUUUCUUCCAUUCCACCACAAGUGUCUCACAAUAAGGUGAAUGGAGAGGCUACAAUCUGCAUGGACAAGUCCUACACAAAAAAAUCAUCUGUACAUGAAAUCUGUACACAACAGAUUUCAAGCAUGUCGAAUUCGCAUUGUGGAUCCUUCAACGGAGAUUCACACUUUGAAAUGAAAAAGCAGUUACUGAAUGAAACUACACGUCGUGUCCUUUCCCUCUUAAAAGAGAGAGGAAUUGAAAAACGGGAAGAAAAAUAUCAAAUUCUCUGUGAAGAAGCCUAUGAUCACUUACCAAAAGUGAAUUCUGAAAUCGAAUUACUUGAUGGAUUUCGAAAAAGCUUUGAAUUAGAAAUGGAAAAGUGUGCGUUGAGAGAUCUCUCACAGACAAGCCUUCAAAAAUUGAAACAAAAACUCGUCAAAGAGGAACAUCGAGCUCUCAAUAGUCUUCUUCCCAUAUAUUCUAAAAGACAUGAAAUUUUGAAACAACUCGAACAACAUGAUGUCAUUAUUUGUAGUUGUUCAACAGCCACUGGAAAGUCCACUCAAAUUCCUCAAUAUCUCUAUGAAGCAGGAUACUCCAAAAUUGUUUGUACUCAACCAAGAAAGGUGAGUACAUUCAGUUUGGCUCAACGAGUAUUAGAAGAGACCAAGAAUGAUCGACAGGACCUGUAUGUCGGUUAUCGAACCAGCACUGCUUUCAAAUUUAAAAGAUCUCAUCCUUCGAGUAAUAGUAGUAGCAUCAGCAGCAUUGUUUAUGUAACAGAUCGAAUUUUACUCAAUGAGUAUCAGAAAGAUCCUCUACUCCUCUUAUAUCAAGCCAUCUUGGUGGAUGAAGUUCAUGAACGAUCUUCCUACACUGAUAUUUUAAUAUCCUUAUUGAAAAUUUGUGUCCACAAGAGAAGACAAUUCACACCUCAACAUCCUUUGAAAAUUAUUUUAAGUUCAGCCACAUUACAAACAGAACUCUUUUCUAAUUUUUUUAAUUGUCCUGUGGUGCACUUGUCGUACGAAAUGUAUCCUGUCCUUGAAUUCUAUCAACCUCAAAGACCAAAAAAUUAUGAACAAGCAAUACUCGAAAUUGUGUUAGAUAUUGUUCUCACCAAUCGACAUGAAGGAGAUAUAUUGGUAUUUUUGGCUAGUCCAGAAGAAAUUGACAAGUGUUGCAGAAAAACAAGACAAGUAUUGAAUUCUUGUGCUGUGUUUCCACUGUAUGGAAAGAUGAAUGAAAAAGAUAUUCAUGCUGUUUUUGAACACAAUGAAAAAAGAAAAAUAAUUUAUUCCACCAAUAUUGCAGAAACAGCUGUUACUAUACAUGGUGUGAGAAUUGUGAUUGAUUCUGGAGUUGUAAAGGAAAGAAUUUAUGAUCAUGAAAAGAAUAUGAGUAUUCUUAAAAUCUCUCCAAUUAGUCAAAGUAGUGCAACUCAAAGAAAAGGUCGUGCAGGUCGAUGUGACUCUGGAGUGUGCUAUCGUUUAUACUCUAAAAGUGAAUUUUAUCAAAUGAAACUGUUCACAGAACCAGAAAUGGCACGAUCUCAUUGGGGAAUGUCCAUCUUACAAAUUCUAUCGAGACACAACCACACACAACGUUUUCCAAACUCAAGUAUUGGAAUGAGCAUGGAGAUUUAUUGA